AUGCAUUCUGCCAUCUUUGCUAUCUUUGCUAUUUCCGGCCUCGCUGCUGCUUCCCCCAACUCCAAGCCUCAAACCGAAUGUGAGGGUCUUGCUCCUCUUGGCCUCGAGUCAGUCCAGUACUACGUCUGCGGCAAGAAUGGCUUCCGUGGAUACUGCUCCGAAGACCCUUGCGACAAGAAGUGGUGCCGAGACUUUGCCCCCAAGACUUGCGAUCUUGUCUUUAUCACUGAGCCUGAACCUCCUGUCGUUGCCAACCCUGCUGUAGGUGGCCAUGAGUGGGAGUCCGAGACAGCUACCACUGUCGCUCCUCAAGCUACUUCCACUGAUCUUCCCGUUGGCCAAUGUGCUCCUGGAACAGGUUUCUUCCAGAACUGUUCUAACGGUUUCGUGGGAUGCUGCAAGUCUGACGCUUGCACUGGCGAUGCUGGUGUCUGCCCCGAUACCAAGGAGGCUAAGCGUCAAGAUCCCACUGUCUGCCCACCAGGCACAGGCUUUUUCCAGUCCUGCUCCAACGGUUUCCGCGGUUGCUGCAAGGGUGACGCUUGUAGUCAGAAGGAGCCCAUCUGCCCUCCCACCGCUGCCAAGCGAUCCGACGAUCCUACUGUCUGCCCUCCCGGAACUGGCUUCUUCCAGUCUUGCUCUAACGGAUUCCGUGGCUGCUGUAAGAACGACGCCUGCAGCCAGACCCAACCUAUCUGCCCUUCCUCUCCUGCUAAGCGAUCUGACGACCCCACCGUCUGCCCUCCUGGAACCGGUUUCUUCCAGUCCUGCUCCAACGGCUUCCGAGGCUGCUGCAAGGGUGAUGCCUGUGGCAACUCUUGGUGCCCCGACUACAAGACCGGUACCUACCAGCCUGCCCAGUCCUUCAAGGUCAAGGCUCGCUCUGACGGAACCUGCGCUCCUGGCACUGGCUUCUUCCAGGUUUGCUCCAACGGCUUCAAGGGAUGCUGCAAGAAGGAUGCUUGUGGUCAGAAGGAGCCCAUCUGCCCUCCCACCGCUGCCAAGCGAUCCGACGAUCCUACUGUCUGCCCUCCCGGAACUGGCUUCUUCCAGUCUUGCUCUAACGGAUUCCGUGGCUGCUGUAAGAACGACGCCUGCAGCCAGACCCAACCUAUCUGCCCUUCCUCUCCUGCUAAGCGAUCUGACGACCCCACCGUCUGCCCUCCUGGAACCGGUUUCUUCCAGUCCUGCUCCAACGGCUUCCGAGGCUGCUGCAAGGGUGAUGCCUGUGGCAACUCUUGGUGCCCCGACUACAAGACCGGUACCUACCAGCCUGCCCAGUCCUUCAAGGUCAAGGCUCGCUCUGACGGAACCUGCGCUCCUGGCACUGGCUUCUUCCAGGUUUGCUCCAACGGCUUCAAGGGAUGCUGCAAGAAGGAUGCUUGUGGUCAGAGCCGACCUGUCUGCCCCAAGUAA